AUGUGGUUCGAACGGACGACGCGCGCCUCCCGAAGAUGGUCUUCUUCUCUGACCUGGCUACCGGUGCGCGUAGCAUUAGACACCCUCUGAAGAGGUUCAAACAUAGCCUGAAACAAAAAACUGAAUUGAAUCCCAUUCUUGGAUGAGAAACCGUCACCGCAAACCCCAGCGCCCGGAGAAUGGCCGUCCACAAGGGCGUUCAAGGCUUUUUAAAAAGCGGCUGUACAACCUCGACCAGGCCUUUCGGAAGGCCGGGUUCUAGUUGCGCGAAGGCUGCGUCUUAGCGAUUGAAUCGAUCUAAACGGUUUCUUCGAGUUGCUUAGGGUAGGCCAUUAUAACUGAUUUUUUUUGUAAAUUUACAAAGGAUGGGGAGUGGAAAGUAAUGGACAAAGAACUACUCAGCAGCCAAGCGUCAACAGGAAAAGGUCAAGCGAAGCCUUUCCCCGUCAUGCCGCCUGUAAUCGGAAAAAAAGACGAGGAUCUCAGCAGUGACGAAAAAUACGAGGAGGAGAGCUUUCAAUCUAAACAACUCUUUUUAUUUGCUUGGCAAAUUGCUAAAAGAAUGGUAAUUACUAUAUGAUUAUUUUCUGAGCGACGUUGCUUCGAUUCAGUUUCUGUUUUUAUCAUUCAAAGAUCGGUUUCAGACUAUUUCAGAAGCAAGAAAGAAAGGACAUAUGGGUUAAUUUUCUAGACGAAGAAUGAUUUGAUUUUUUUUAUUAGAAUGUCAAAUUAGUUUUAGUGGAGAAAUUGUCUUAGUCGAUCGAACCAAAUUUGGCAUGUUUCGUAUAAUCUUGAAUCAGUCGUUCAGAUCAGUUCAGUUCAGUAUUUUUCUUUUAAUUGUUUGCCCCUAAUUUUCUCGCCUUCACCCAUGCCCUUUUAGGCAGUAAUAGUCCUGUAACUGAAGUAUUUUGGUACUUAUUUUCAUUUUUCCUCCUUCCUUCUUAAAAUUUACCCUGGGUACCAGAGGUUUUUCUCGCGUGCGGCGGGAAUUUUCGGUGUUUGGCCGAAGGCCGACACAUCUUCGGCCGUAGGCCGAAGCCACGAGCGGCGAAGCCGCGAGAAAAACCUCUGGCACGGAGCGGUGCUUUUUACCGUCCCCGUUGACCUUUGUGCUUUUUUAUCGGAUUACAUUUACGCCAAUCAGAUUGAAAGUGUCCAACUGUGAUCGUGUGGGCCGGCACGUGAAGAAGUGUCCAAAGACCCACAUUAUCCUUAGCAAAACAAAUUCGAGUUUAAAAUUCAUUGCUUUAAGAGCAAUCAUCACUGGGUCACAUCGCAGUUCUCCAUAGUUGAUGUAGCUUCAGUUUAAGCUGCAAUCUAUUCUUCAAGAUUUGGAUCUGAAAAUCACUAUCCGUGAAAAUUUAACAUCCUGUUAAAAACGCUAACGAGCUGGGCCCAGCGUGAAAAAACAUUGCAUUGCGUGACAAAACAUUGCAGGAAACCGUCACUUUCACGGACAAAGAGAAAAUCGCUUAUAAUUAUUCAGAUCCAGGAGGCACUUUGAGAAAUAAAACAACCUAAAACCCUUAUUUAGAAGACCAGACUUAGCAUUUCAAAAGAGGUCAAAGAAAAUGCUCUUGCAUCAGAAGGCAAAUCAUGUGCCGACCAGACACAAUAACCGCAGAAAAUCAAUAUGCGUGUCACGACCUCUCAGUAUGAAAUAAGCGGCAAAAAUCAAAUUUGCUUAGUCAAAACGUUUUUCUCCAGAGCAUAAUCUACCAAUCACGGAAAAAAAUUCAUUGGAACAAGCAGCAUUUUGGCAUGAGGUAAAAGUCGUGUGUUGCCUUCUGACCCCCCUUUUAUACUAAAAAUACAUGUUUUGUUCUUAUAUUCCUAACCCAUCAACACAAACUAUUUCAAAUUAUGUUGUAAUCGUUUGAAAUAGGAAACUAGUAAAGCUUAAACCGUAUUUGCUACAAAAGCUGAAUUGGUGAUAAAAGCUUAAUUGCGUUGAAUAAAAUUAAAUACUCCUCUUGUUUGCUCAGAGCUUUUAACUUGUCCUUCUAGUACAUUGCUUAUCAUGCUCUUUCAAAACUUUCCAAAGCCAACACACAACACAACAGCAACACUUCUCGCUAGUCAACGGCAAAGUUCGAAAUAUUCUUUCACGUGCUGGUCUAUUCUUGUCAACCAAUUGUAGCGUCUGUUAGAUUCAAAGUCCCUCAGGCGAUCGUUGGUAGCCAAUCAGCCGUCUUGUCCAAAAUCUGGACCAACUGAUUUAACCGUGUUAACGAUUGGAUCGGCGCCAUCAAAGCAAUAGCGCUCUGCUCCAGAGGCUUUUCGCGCGGGUCACUAUAAAGACUUGACAGAAACCGGAAACCGCGCUAGAAAAGUCUCUGGCACCCAGGGUACUUAAAAUUAGAAUCAUCUCGCCGAAACAAUCUUGUUCACAGAGACCUUGCUGCCCGUAAUGUUCUUGUUGGCCAUGACAACCAAAUCAAAGUGUCAGACCUUAUGUUGAUGAGACAAAUCUAUGAAGAUGUGAGCAGCUCAGCGAAGUCCAAAAAACUUCCUGUGAAAUGGAUGGCCCCAGAAUCACUCUAUCAAGGCCUUUACACUACCAAAAGUGAUGUGUACGUACAAAAGAUUCCCACUCUUUUAAACACAUUUCGAUACAUUGCUGCUGAGAAAACCUCAGCUACCCUAAAAAUCGUGAUCAGUGAGUUUAAUUCAAACCGAUCUAGAAUUCCAGUGGUUAAUAUAGUGGGUAAUUUCGUAAUUGUCAGCGCAAUUUUGACUCAGGACGAUAUAUAGUUUUCAUAGUCAAUAGCGAGAGCGGCGUCUGUUGAAUUCUUAAAUCAGAGUGUAUGUAAAGAUCACUUAGAAGCUUUCCUUUGCCGGGAAAGUUUACGAAUAUGCGACAGACCCGUCACGUAAAUUGGUAUUGAUUUCCCUACUCUAUUAACCUUGCUAGGCCAUUUGCUAAGGGCUUUGAGCAUCUGAGGCCUGGUGUCAUAGGGUUUAGUCAAGCGCGAAGGCACGGAAAGGUGGACACACGCCCUUUUCCCCUUAAGUUCGUCAAGUAAAAAGAAGAGGAGGAAAAUUUAUAGCGUUUAUGCAGUGGGUAUAUUCAUGACCUUUGUGCUUUUCUCUACAGUUGGUCUUUUGGUGUUGUUCUUUGGGAGAUGGCUACAUUGGGUGAGUAGACCGUCACACUCUGAUCUUGUUACCUUCUAAGGGGAGUGAGAUCCCAAGGACUGUCCUCCCUGGUGCCACGGGGGAUAUGACUUGAAUAGUGCGACUAGCCUGAUAUUAAAGGACGACACUGGGACUUUUAAAAGAGUGAGUCCUUACUAAAUCAGGUUAUGGCCAUCAGGAAACAGGCUGAUACCUGAUCAAUUGUAUUUGUGGCAAGCCAUGCCAGUAGGUUUUUUUUGUUUUGAACUAGGCUUUAUGUCUGAAAUCAUAAAUAAGUGAUAAUCGGCAUCAAAUAUGUACGCAUUAUAGAGAUUAUUAUUACUAAGCACCAUGCUUUCUUUCUUUCUUUCUCUCUUUCUCUCUUUCUUUCUUUCUCUCUUUCUUUCUUUCUUUCUCUCUUUCUUUCUUUCUCUCUCACAUUUAAAUGCAACUGUGACCCCUAUUCAAUCACUAUUGUUUUGCAAAACUGCAUUAUUGAGUGCGGGGCCGGGGAAUGAAGAGUCGUGGACGUUGACAUUUCCAGUAGAAAUCUAUCCAAGGGAAUGAGCCGUAUUUUCAAAUAAUAACAUGUAUAUUUUUUUCUUUCUCAUAACGUGAUCAGGAGGCGUAUCAUACGCCACGCUGACCAACUCAGAGUUGUAUCGACUGCUUGGCACUGGUUAUCGCAUGGAAAGGCCUGACAUGUGCUCCGAUGAUGUGUACGUUCCUUGA